AUGCCGAUCCCGCGCGUCGUGCUCCUGCCGCUGCUCGCCGCUUCGGCUCGAGCCCGGUCUCCGCUGCACAGCGCCGCCGAGGCGGGCAACCUCGAUGCCCUCGACCGUGCCAUCCUGCACGCUGCAGACCUCGCCGCGCCCGACGGCGACGAGUACACUGCGCUGCACCUCGCCGCCGGCCUCGGCCACACGGAUGCUGUGCGGAGGCUUCUGGCGGCCGGCGCGCCAGCGAGCUCGCGGGAUGACGUGGGAGAGACCCCGCUGCACCUCGCGGCGGCGGCGGGCCGACUGGAAGCGGCGCGGGCGCUGCUGGAGUCGGGCGCAGCUGUCGACGCCGCGUCGGGCGCCGGCUACACGGCACUGCACAUGGCUGCGCAGCACGGGCACGUCGCGCUCAUCGAGCUGCUUCACGGCGCCGGCGCCGCCAUCGGCGCAGAGGCGGGUGGCCGCGCGACGCCUCUGCACUGGGCGGCGGCGGGUGGGCGGGCCGACGCCUUCCUGGCGCUCCUCAGUCGAGGCGCCAGCCUGCACGCGGCCGACGAGAGCGGUGCCACGCCCCUGAGCCUGGUGGAGGAGGGCGGCGACGCCCGGAUGAUGGCGACCCUCCGGCGCGCGGUGGCGGCCGAGCGAGAGAGGCGUCGCAGAGCCGCAAUGGCCGAGGGCGGCGGCGGCGGCGGCGCGCGCACAGCUGGUGAGAUUGUGCGAGAUGAGUUGUGA